AUGCUUUUUAGCUCUUAUCGCAUAUAUGUGUUCUCACUAGUGCUUGUGCUUAUUUAUAAUUGUCGAGUUGAACCUUUUAAAAUAAGAUACGGGAGGGAAAAGAGUAGAAUAGAAAAAUUAAAAAAAAGAAAAGGAGCUAUUUUGGACAAGUUAAACUCUUAUAUAAGGACCAGAGGUUACGGACUUUUGCCAUUAAAAGCAUUACCUCAUGAUUCCAUAGCGAAUCUACAGAAAGAAGACAAACUUGAAACAUUUAUUAACCCUUCGAUAGACGAUACUUUAUAUUCGUUGACAUCUGAGGCCAUUAGAAGGAAGAAAACUAAGAAUCCAAUCGUCCCAGUUGAUUUUGAGAAAUUUAACCCUCUCUUCAGAAAAAUAUCGGCUCUAAGAACAUACAAAAGUAACAUUGACUACGAAAAUCGACCAGGAAAAUUAGAUCCUGACAAUUACAGAAUUGACUUUGUUGAGCUAGAUACGUGGGAUAUACACCCUAGAAGAAUAAGAGUUAAAGGAAAAUAUUUCUCAAAGUUGUACGAAUACGAGCUGAAAGAGCCUAUGAAAAGGCAUGAAUUCGAUACUGGAUCACCUGAAGUAGUAGUGGCAGCUCUAACAGCAAAAAUAGAUUAUCUUACACACCAUCUGGAUAACAAUAGAAGGGAUAUCCAGGCGAAAAGACAAAUUACAAAACUAGGAUAUAAGCGUAGAAAAUUAUUAAAAUAUCUUUAUCGCACUAGAAGGGAAACCUACGACUUGCUGACUGACACAUUUGAUAUACACUUCGAGGAUGACUUUUGUCCAAUAAAAAAAAUAAUAAAGAAAAACACACACCUGUAUCACACAAAAACUAAGCGUUACCACACAGCAAAGGAGAGAAAAGAAGAUUUAUACAGGUAUAAAUUUGUUAUUUAA